GGAGGAUGAGUGGCUGCGGGAAGAAGGCCCUGACCCUACUGAGCAGCGUCUUCGCGGUGUGUGGCCUGGGCCUCCUGGGCAUCGCUGUCAGCACCGACUACUGGCUGUACCUGGAGGAGGGCGUGGUCCUGCCCCAGAACCAGAGCACAGAGAUCAAGAUGAGCCUUCACUCGGGCCUCUGGCGCGUCUGCUUCCUCGCAGGUGAGGAGCGAGGUCGCUGCUUCACCAUAGAAUAUGUGAUGCCCAUGAACACCCAGCUGACGUCGGAGUCCACAGUCAACGUGCUAAAGAUGAUUCGCUCUGCCACGCCGUUCCCUCUGGUCAGCCUUCUCUUCAUGUUCAUUGGGUUUAUCUUGAGCAACAUUGGACACAUCCGUCCCCACAGGACAAUACUGGCCUUUGUCUCCGGCAUCUUCUUCAUCCUCUCGGGCCUCUCUCUGGUGGUCGGCCUGGUGCUCUAUAUCUCCAGCAUCAACGACGAGAUGCUCAACAGGACCAAGGACUCGGAGACCUACUUCAACUACAAAUAUGGCUGGUCUUUUGCCUUUGCUGCCAUCUCCUUCCUUUUAACCGAGAGCGCCGGGGUGAUGUCCGUGUACCUGUUCAUGAAGCGGUACACGGCCGAGGACAUGUACAGGCCCCACCCUGGCUUCUACCGCCCACGUCUGAGCAAUUGUUCUGACUACUCGGGCCAGUUCCUGCACCCAGACGCCUGGGUCCGGGGCCGCAGCCCCUCUGACAUCUCGAGCGACGCCUCCCUGCAGAUGAAUAGCAACUACCCCGCCCUGCUCAAGUGCCCCGACUAUGACCAGAUGUUGUCAUCCCCGUGCUGAGCUCAGCCACCUCCCUCCCUGGACUGUGG